AUGAAUGACAGCGAUCCUAUGGAUGUGGUUGAGGUUGUCAAAUCCAAGGCAAUCUCACACGAUAUCAGUGUCAAUGAGAAGGUCCCAGUGGUUGACGAGUUGACCAUCGACAAUGCCCCUCCCCUGCGAGAAGUGUCAAUCGAAGGUGAUUCUGUGGAUAAGAGCGCUCCUACCGCGGAAGAACUUGCCACUUUACGCCGUGUUGCUGGCGAUCUACCCGUGGCAUCAUAUAGCGUUGCCUUUGUGGAACUGUGCGAGCGUUUCUCGUACUAUGGCACCACUGCUGUUUUCGUCAAUUUCCUUCAGCGACCUUUGCCUGCUGGAUCCUCCACCGGUGCCCUAGUUCCAGGUGUUUCCGACUGGAGUAAUGAUUCCCCCGGAGCUCUGGGUAUGGGCCAACAGGCCUCUACCGGAUUGACGUUGUUCAACUCUUUCUGGUCCUACAUCAUGCCUCUCUUUGGUGCCAUGGUUGCUGAUCAAUGGUGGGGUCGGUACCGCACCAUCAUGUCCGCGAUUGCCUGCGCACUCAUUGGACACACUAUUCUCGUCAUUUCUGCCAUUCCCAAAGUUAUCGAUAGCCCCAACGGAGCGAUUGCAUGCUUUUCUAUUGGCCUUAUUAUCAUGGGUAUAGGAACUGGUGGUUUCAAAGCCAAUAUCUCCCCCCUGAUCGCAGAACAAUAUCGCGAGGACAAGCCUUAUGUCAAGACACUUGCUAGCGGUGAACGUGUCAUUGUUGACCCCUCUGCCACCGUUUCCCGUAUCUACAUGUACUUCUACAUGAUGGUCAAUAUUGGUUCUUUUGUAGGUCAGGUCGCCAUGGUCUACGCCGAGCGAUAUGUUGGUUUCUGGCUCUCGUACCUGCUCCCCACAGCCAUGUUUUGCUUAUGUCCUGCUGUGUUGCUCCUUUGCAGGAAACAUUACAUCCUCACUCCUCCUAGUGGAUCAAUUUACCCCAAAGCUUUCAAAGUGUCGAUGUUGGCGAUGAAGGGCCACUGGACACUGAACCCCGUGCGAUGGUUCAAGAGUUCCAGUACCGAUAUCUGGGCUGCUGUCAAGCCCAGUCAGCUCGGAGUCAACAAGCCCGUGUGGAUGGACUUUGAUGAUGCGUGGGUUGAUGAAGUUCGCCGAGGACUGCUUGCCUGCAGAGUAUUUUUGUGGUACCCCCUUUACUGGCUCGCCUACAACCAGAUGUUGAACAACCUGACAUCUCAAGCGGCCACCAUGAAACUUGGUGGUGUCCCCAACGAUAUCAUCAACAACCUUAAUCCCAUUGCACUGAUCAUCUUCAUCCCCAUCUUUGAUCACAUCGUUUACCCUGGUAUUCGCAAGAUGGGUUUCCACUUCACCCCCUUGAAGCGUAUCACGGCCGGUUUCAUCGUGGCUGCCCUCAGUAUGGUUGUUGCCGCGGUCACCCAACACUACAUCUACAAGUUGGGUCCUUGCGGUAACCAAGCAAACUACUGUCUGGAAGUUAAGCACGAGCACACCAACAUCUCGGUUUGGGUUCAGGCCCUAACAUACAUUAUGGGUGGUAUUUCAGAGAUCCUUGCAUCCAUCACUUCUCUGGAAUAUGCCUACACUAAGGCCCCGAAGAACAUGCGGUCCCUCGUGCAGGCUGUCUCGCUACUGAUGAACGCUUUCUCAUCUGCCAUUGGUCAAGCUUUUGUUGGUCUUGCUGAUGAUCCUCUCUUGACCUGGAACUACACUGUGGUUGCAAUCCUCGCCUUCCUUGGUGGUAUUGGAUUCUGGGUCACCAAUUACAAGUUAGACGCACAGGAAGACGCCAUGAAUAUGCUCCCAGACAGUGCAUACUCUCCCCAGGCGGUUUUGGAUGAGGAGCGGAAGUAA